AUGAGUAAAAAUCAACAAAAUGGUGAUUUCGACCAGUUCAAACAAUGCAAGACCGAUGUUGUAACCUCUUCACGUGAGGGUUCCAUUCAGUGGAAGGAACGUUUCGAUUUCCAUAAAAACAAUAUUAUUUCAACACAAAAGAUUCAAGGAUCUUCUUGUCCGACAUGGGCUGGACUUACACCGAUUAGUCAGGUGAUUUCACUCAAGGAUUUCGUCGACAGUCAGUUGCAUUUCGAAUUGAAGGAAUCGCGUUCUCUCAAGAAUGUUACACAAGCACAGAUCAAGAUACCCGUAAAGAGUAUAUUUUCAUUUAUCGAGGGUGAUAUCAAGUUGAUCAAGACGUUCCUACUCGAUAUGGAUAACAACAAAGUUGCAGACAUCCAAAUCAAAUUGCAAUUCAACGAUAUUCCUCAGUUGGCACAACUCAGAGACGGUCUACACAAAGAGACCGGUAUAGUCAACGCCCAAGCAUUCUUCUCUGGUGUACCACUACCAAAGUUGUUAGGUGAUCAAACCAAAUCAUCACCUGAUUUAACUAUAAAAUUACCGGAUGGUUGGGAAGCAAGAGUAGAUCAAUUCGGUAGAACUUACUAUAUAGAUCAUAAUACUAAACAAACUACUUGGCAAAAUCCAGUUUCGGGGAACGCGAUUGAAAAGCGUGGACAGCUUGGAGGAAGUGGUGGACAGCUUGGAGGUAGCGGUGGUGUUGCUGGCGAGCAGCAGAAACGCGAGAAAGCGGCUGUCUUGAUUCAACGUACCUUUAGAAAACACAGAAAAGAUCACUACAGCAAAACCAUUCGUGGAAAGAACAACGGUAGACAACCGAACCAAAGACCACAACUUCCACCCGGUUGGGAGUGUCGUAUCGAUGAUCACGGUCGUAUCUACUAUCUCGAUCACAACAACCGUGUCUCAUCAUGGACACCUCCACCACCUUCAUUAAUAACACCAGUAUAA